GCGUGGAAGCCGCCUUCUGAGAGCCAUGAGUGACUGGGAGGAGACGGACUUCUACGAGGCGUGGAACUGGACACCUGGAAUAGUUCAAAGAAAAAAGAACCCUAAAAAGGAGAAGAAAUGUAAAAAACGUCAAAACGACCCGACAAAGAAAAAGAAAAAGAAAAAGAAACAUUCGAAAUGUAAAGAAACAAUGGACGUGAGGAAAGAGAAGACAAAUAAAGUAGCCUUGGUACUUGGGGACCGUUUUCUACUUCCACAGGGCAGCAGUGCAACAUUUGAACACACUGAAACAUCAAAUCCACCCGGUGGUGAGAAGCUCAAAUCUGACUGCAAUAAGAAAACCAAAAGAAAAAAGAAUGUGGCAUUUGACUUAACACCUGGCAACAUCCCAGUCAAACAUCCUAAAUGGUUCUUCUCAUCUGAGCAGAGGCCCAUCAAGAGCAUCCUCACAGAGCCUGAAGCUGUGAGAGACAGUGGGAGCUGUGCUCAGCUCACAGUGACACAGGCGUACGACUCCCAAUGUGAGGAUAUGAACAGCCAGGACCUGUUUAUCACCCAGAAGACUUUCAGAACAUCGCCGUCUGAAUCUUCCAGUGGCGAAACCAGUGACAAAUCUCCUAUGACUAGUCCUCAUAGGUCGACACCUCGAAACGAGCUGCACACAUAUAUGCCCUGGGUAGAACAGCAGUGUGGAGGAGCAUACACAAAAGUACAUGUCCAGCAACAGCCCAGAAAGACCAACACGCAUGUGCAGAAGACAAACACAGUACAGGUGUGUUUCAAACAACAAGUGGAGGGAGACGGGUUGAAGAAAGCAGAUCAGAACCCCAAGAAGGGAAAAAACACCUGGAGGAGACAACUGAUUUAA